AUGAAGUUUAUUUACAGAUUAGAUAGUGUAGGAUCUCCAGUGUUUGGCUCUAGUGAGACAUUUGAAAUUGAACUUGAAGAAACAGGAUCAGCUAGACCAGAUCAAAACAGUGUUUUGGAUAGCCUAAUGACACCUCUAAACACACAGUUAUCUGAACAAACGAAUAUGAAGCCUCUGGAUACCGAAGAUUUAACCUCAGCAAGUGCACAUUACACACUUGAAGACUUUUUCAACACCUAUUCUCAACAUUCACAUUCGUAUAGUAACUCUGAUAUCUAUACUAACCGUGAUUCCUAUACCAAUUCUGAAGUGUAUAGGAACCCAGAUACCUAUAGAACCGGUGAUUCUUUUAGGAAUACUGGAGUGUAUACUAAUUCUGAAGUAUGCAGGAAAGAAAGUAUUGAGGAUGUCUGUGAGGCAGGAUUUGACUUUUCAAAGUUAUUUACAAUGUCAGAUGAGUCGCCAAUUGAAAAUUCAUUCCAGUCACUAAUUGAUUUGGUUAGAUGUGAAAUUCCAUCCAAUCUUUCCUCAAUUGAUCCGAAAUUCAAACAACCCAAUGAAUCAGCUUAUAACACUGUUAAUACAUUAAACCAGUAUGACACUGGUGUUGAUUCAUUGAAACAGUUUGGUAUGGCUGAAGGUGAAUUGAAGAAUUAUGAUGUACCGGUUGUAAAAGCGGAACCAAGUAAGACUAGAGGUAAAAGUAAGAAAAAACGCUCAAACUUUGUUAAGACUAUUCUGAAACCAAAACCCAUUACAACCAGUGUAAAAUCAACAAAUGGAUCAAACUUGGUUUCUAAUACGGCGGUAAAGAAUGGAAAGAAGAGAGAAUUAGUGAAUAGUAGAAGAAUAGAUUACGGAAUAAAUGAUACUCCAGAGAAUAUAUAUGAUUUGGAGUGGCAUCCAGGAUUUACAAGGCAUUUGGGAGCCAAGGGUAGAAGUGCACUUUUAGAGCUUGUUAGGAAAGUUUAUAGACAAGACCCAGAGCAUUAUAAGGCGAUUCUACAGUCUAGAAACUCACCAUCUUCAAUUAGUAGUUUACCGUUUUAUAGUAUUCCAAUGCUCUGGGAACUUGCACACCAAUUUGGUAUCUUCAAACAAGCCCUGACAGUAUAUAAAAAUCACUGUUUUUCCAAGUCAAAAUCAAGACAUAACUCUAUGAAAAAUGCCAACUCUGUUUCAUCAAUUUCAACGUCGGUAUCAGCAUCAUCUGUUGGUUCCUCUGGAUCAGGUUCAGGUUCAUUAGUAGGCUCAGAUUCUGAAAGUUUGGACUCAGAAGUUGUCGCAAGUGUUAAAAAACUAAACCCAUCAGCGCCAAUGACAACAAUGUCUGGAAGAUUAAUUAAAAGGUCGAAAAAGAUGUUGGAAUCCACUGAUUUACUCGAUUCAAAUGAUUUACUCACAUAUGCUAACAUUGUGGUUACGAAUUCAAAUAAUCUGGUUUCUGGCGGCAAUAAGGCUACAGAUAGUUUGACUUUAAAAGUGGAUUUAUUAGACACUGAAACUAAUACUAUUUCACAAUUAAAGGUAAAAGCUGAGUCAGAAACCCCAAAGAGAAAUUUCCGCAAUGACUUGGGGAAUUCCUGGAUCUCGAGUCCAACCAAUUCAAACCUCAACUGUUCAAACACUUUAAAUGAAUCACCACUCACAUCUCCAAUGAAACGCAUUCCUGUCUAA